AUAAAAAAAGAUACCCAUAUUUCUAUAUAGAAGGUCAUAGAGGAAUCGGACUCCAUGAAGCCCAUAACAGUAUAAGUUCAUUUUAAGGAUCAAUAGAUAUGAACUUAGACUAUGUAGAAUUAGAUAUAUGGUUGUCUAAAGAUAACAAAGUAGUAGUCGUACAUGGAUGUUAAGGAAAAGUUUUAGAUGCAAAUGGACAAGAAAAAUAAAUUACGGAAAUGUCAGUUGAAGAAUUAAAAAAAAUUUCAUUAAAUGAAAAAAAUGAUUUAAUUCCUACUUUAGAUGAAAUACUUAGAUUAUGUAAAAAUAAAAUCAAAAUAAAUAUAGAAAUGAAAGGAGAUUAAAAAGAUUUACCUUAUGAAACAUUAAAACUUGUAUAAAAAUAUUAAAUGUUAGAUUAAGUAUAUUUUUCGUCUUUUUUUCAUUAAUUUAAUGAUUUAAUUAAAGAAGCUAUAAUAAAGCUAAAUAUAGAAUAAAAAAUUAAAUUUGCUUAUUUAUUUUCUAAUCAAUAACAAUUUCCGGAUAUUAAUAAUUUAGAAGAAGGAAAUUAACUCAAUUUUUCGUCUCUACUUAUUUAUAAUUAAAAAGCUAGGAAAUUGUUUAAAUAAGCACAAAACAAAAAUGUGAAAUUGUGUUGUUAUUUUGGAUAUGAUGUUUUAGAAAAUUAUGGAGUCUAUAAAGAUUUGCUUGAUAUAGGAGUAUAAUCAAUUAUUACAAAUUAGCCUUUUACAAUACUAAGUUUUAGAAAAAAUAUUUUUAAAAAUUGAAUGCUUCUUUUUAAAAUAUUUGUUA